GCUCUGUGUUUGCUUCAGUGUAAGCUUCCCACAAUAUUUGUUUACAAUUUAAUGUGCUCACCGGAUUCAUUUGAAGAUUGAAUUAUGGCCGAGCCCGUUGAGGAUGAUGUAAGUUUCCUGGGCAUUCAAGAGGGACCAGAGCGUACAUCACCCAGACCAGACUGUCAGGUGCCAAGCAGAGAGUAUUGCGGAGCUGCACCCGAAUAUCGUGCCUCUGAAUAUCAAGCUGCUGGAGCCCUCCGUGCACCGGUGAUUGCAUCCCCAUCACGGCAGGACAGAAAAAACUCAGCUGGGCGGGUAUUACCUAGUGGAAGUGGAGAUCGGAAUUCACCAUUCAGUUCCAGUAGUCCAGUUGCAAGCCCACGAACACCAGACAAGAGCCCUAACUAUAAUAUUGAUGCCUCUGGCUCCACUUACGCACUUCAGGUUGCACUGAGAAACAUGAAGGAGCGGUAUCACAAAUUACAGAAGAAAAUGGCUUUAAUAGAGGACGAUAACCAGCGUCUGAUCAGCGGGAAGUCAGAGUUAUUUGGUGAAAUUGGGAAGUUGCAGGAAAACAGCAUCAAGCUCCGCGAGAAGAACCUUCAGUUGAACCAGGAAAUUCACACAAAACAUCAGGAAUGCUGCUCUUUGAAGGAGAAGUUCUCGGCUCUGUCAACCGAAAAUAUGAAUCUCACAAGACAGUUAGCAAAGACAGUGCAGGAGAACAGACGGCUAAACAAACAGGUAACUCUUGCAGCAGAUGAAAACAAGCGUUUAAGAGAGAAACUCAGCCUUAUUAGUGCUCAGGUGAAGACAUUACCUGGCGGUGCAAGUUUAGCAGUAUCAGCAUCAGAACUCGGCACCCCUCCUAAAACAAAAAUUGUUCCACUAUCAGGUUGUGCCUCCCAGCCUAGCUUGUUUCCUGCUCUUCAUGGAUCGAACAACACAAAGAACUGUCCUGACUAUUCUGAAAACCACGGGGAUCUGCCAAGCAUGCCAUUCAUUAUUUCCCCUACUUUGAAAGAGAAGCAUGUCUGUGACUCUUUGUGGCAAACAGGACUAAUCAGAAAAGAACUUGAUAGUUUCAACGAUCCUCCAACAAGGUUUCUGUCAUCCCACAAAGACACUCUGGAUGACUAUGAACAGAUCAGCAGCUCUGAAACCUCGGUGAACUGA